AUGAUAAGCGAAAAGAGACAAGGGAAAGGAAUUCCUUCCGAACAAAACGCAUCAACCAUGAAUGACAAAGAUAUACAAAAGCAAUUCGAAAAGUAUGAAGAGAGUGUAAAGCGGAACAGCAAAAAAAAUAUCCUGAGCGAUAAAUCCAAGGGCAGCAUCGAUGGAGGGAAAAGCAAUUUGUCCAGUUCCUCGUCAAUGAAUAAAAGGGAAGAUGGGGAAUCUCAAUAUAAGGCAGGGCAGAAUGAUGCCCAAGAGGUGAAUCAGCUCUCUGGCAUGAAUCAGUUGCCUUCCUCUGCAGCGAAGAAAAUACUCAUAAACGAGGACUACUCCAGCGACGGAGACGAGACGGACUGCCUGAGCGAAGUAGACAAGAAAGAAAUGGAGCUGAACGAAUCGGACAUGGUAAAGCUGAGCGUCAGCCAAGGCAAGCGCAUGUCAGUAAGUGCAGAGGCAUACGGAGAAUGGAACAAAAAAAAACUCAAUUUUAUCCCAAAAGUGUACAAAAAGGAUGAAAGCGAAAAAGAAAAAAUAAGAGAAGCGUUAAAUGACUCCUUCCUAUUUAAUCACUUAAAUAAAAACGAAAUGGAAACCAUCGUAAACGCCUUCUUCGAUAAAAAUGUGGAAAAAAAUGUAAACAUAAUAAAUGAAGGAGAGGAAGGAGAUCUGCUCUACGUAAUCGAUGAAGGAGAAGUCGAAAUUUAUAAAAUGAAGGAAAACAAAAAGGAAGUAUUAACUAUUUUAAAGUCCAAGGAUGUGUUUGGAGAAUUGGCUCUACUGUAUAAUUCAAAAAGGGCUGCCACUGCUAAGGCCUUAACCAAGUGUCACUUGUGGGCACUAGAUAGGGAAUCAUUUACCUACAUAAUAAAAGACAAUGUCGCAAAAAAGAGAAAAAUGUACGAAGAUUUUCUCACACAUAUUUCUAUUCUGAAAGAUAUGGAUCCGUAUGAAAGGUCCAAAGUUGCUGAUUCUCUGAAGACGAAAACAUUUUCUGAUGAAGAAAUUAUUAUUAAGGAAGGGGAACCUGGAGAUACUUUCUACAUAAUUAUUGAGGGAAACGCUUUGGCCAUAAAAGGUAAGACUGUUAUUAAGACGUAUAGUAAGGGAGACUAUUUUGGAGAGCUAGCCCUUUUGAAAAACAAACCCAGGGCCGCUACUGUUAAGGCGAAAGAUUCCUGCCAGGUCGUUUACCUAGACAGGAAGAGCUUUAAGAGGCUUCUAGGACCUAUUGAAGAAAUUCUCCACAGGAAUGUUGAAAAUUACAGGAAGGUCCUCAAGCAGUUCGGCCUCGACACGGCUUGCAUUGAGGGAAACUGA